UUCACUUUCUUAACACCAAUUCAUUCUGAAGUUCCUAAUGUGCUGCAUAUCUUAAAACUUUUACUGAAAUUUUACAUGUAAUCAACUGACAGGUUGAAGAAAUGUUCGUGAAGUUACAGUAUGUUGAUACCAGCAAUUGCUUCCACAUACUAAACUCAACUAAAUCCACUCCAAAUAUAGGAAUUUCAAUCCCAACCACCAAGAAAUACAAGGAGCAGAACCAAUUGCAUGACCCAAAUGGUAGACUUGAGAAAAGCAAGAAUCUUGGGGUCAAAUUCAGGCCUGGAGUUGGCUAUGACAGUGAUGUAAAAGAGAAGCUGGACUAUCAAAUUGCCAAAAACUCGCGUACUCAUGUUUGGAAAAAUGGCGUUUUGAAGACCCAAAAUGGUUUCGUGAGGAAACCAGUUGAUAAAACUGAGAGUGAGGAGAAAAUUGGGGGUCAAGUGCAGACCGAGCGGUCGACGAAAUGCGGCAAUGACGUGAAAAGUGGCCAAGACUCACCUACCCAUGUUGUGAAAGAUAGUGUUUUGAAGACCCAAAAUGAUUUUUUGAGGAAACCAGUUGAAAGCAUUGAGAAUGAGAAAAAAUUGGGUGGUCAGUUGAGCUCGGGGAAUAUGGUGGAGAAAGUGCAGAUUAAGUGUUCGACAAAAUGGGCAAGAUAUGGAGGAUGCAUUCCUGUUAUGCUGGAAGCUUUGGAGACAGUUAGUGAUUUGGAUGAGGCAUUGAAGCCAUGGGAAAAGAGUUUGACUAAAAAAGAAAGGACUAUUAUAUUGAAGGAACAGGUGGAGUGGCAACGAGCAAUGGAGAUUUUUGAGUGGUUUAAGAGAAGAGGAUGCCAUGAAUUGAAUGUUAUACAUUACAAUAUUAUGCUUAGGAUUCUCGGGAAAGCACGGAGGUGGGGCGAGAUCGAGAGGUUGUGGAGUGAAAUGAGGGCAAAGAGAGUUGAGCCAAUAAAUUCAACUUAUGGGACUCUGAUCGAUGUCUACAGCAAGGGUGGGCGUAGGGAGCAGGCAAUGAAGUGGUUGAAGUUGAUGAAUGAACGAGGUAUGGUACCGGAUGAGGUGACAAUGGGAAUUGUCGUUCAGAUGUAUAAAAUGGCGGGGGAGUUUAAGAUGGCAGAAGAAUUUUUAAAAAAGUGGUCUUUAUGCAAAUGUCUGGUGGAGGAACGCGUAAAUGGUGCCACAAGAAGUGGUAAUAGGGUCAAUGGUUCUUCUGGUUCAAGUGUUUGUUUGAGCUCGCAUACCUAUAACAAUUUAAUUGACACUUAUGGGAAGGCAGGGCAAGUGAAAGAAGCAUAUGAGACUUUUCAUGAGAUGUUGAGGGAAGGAAUCCUGCCAACGACAGUUACUUUCAAUACAAUGAUACACAUGUGUGGUAAUAAUGGCCGAAUGGAAGAAGUUGCUUCCUUGAUGAGGAAGAUGGAGGAGCUUCAAUGCCAUCCUGAUACAAGAACAUAUAAUAUUCUUAUUUCCCUUCAUGCCAAGCACGACAACAUAGGAAUGGCUGCCACCUACUUUAAACUUAUGAAUGGUGCUUCUCUAGAGCCCGAUUCCGUGACUUAUCGCACUCUUUUAUAUGCAUUUUCUAUAAGGAAUAUGGUAAAUGAUGCAGAGAAGCUCAUUUUGGAGAUGGAUAAGAAAGAUCUAGAGAUUGACGAAUUCACUCAGUCAGCUUUGACUAGGAUGUAUCUAGAAGCUGGGAUGGUAGAGAAGUCUUGGUCCUGGUUCCAAAGGUUUCAUCUUGCUGGAAAAAUGGCUUCUGAAUGCUACUCCGCCAACAUUGAUGCCUUUGGCGAACGUGGCCAUAUUUUGGAAGCUGAGAGAGUUUUUAACUGCUGUAAGGAGGGAAAAAGACUUACUGUCCUUGAGUUAAAUGUAAUGAUCAAAGCAUAUGGAAUUAGCAAGAAAUACGAUGAGGCGUGUUAUUUGUUUGAUAGCAUGGAGAAACAUGGCUUAUUUCCUGAUAGAUGCAGCUUUAGUUCGCUCAUUCAAAUGCUUGCUGCUGCAGAUUUGCCACUGAGAGCAGCAUUUUACGUGAGGAAAAUGCAGGAGGCGGGAUUAGUUGAUGAUUGCAUCCCUUAUUGUGCUGUGAUAUCUAGUUUUACUAAAGUAGGUCAGCUGGAAAUGGCAGUAAGAUUAUUCGACGAAAUGAUUGCAUUUGAUGUCAAGCCUGAUGUUGUUGUUUAUGGUGUACUGAUAAAUGCCUUUGCUGACAUAGGAGGUGUUAAAGAAGCUACAAAAUACUUGAUUGAAAUGAGAAACUCUGGUUUAGAGACAAAUGUUGUUAUAUAUACUUCUUUGAUUAAGCUAUACACCAAAGUCGGGUAUUUGAGAGAAGCCGAAGAAACAUACAAAAUGCUUCAGUCGUUUGAGGCAGGGGCUGAUGUAUAUUCUUCGAAUUGCAUGAUUGACUUGUACAGCGAGCGCUCUAUGGUUAGACAAGCAGAAGAGAUUUUUGAGCACCUAAAGAGAAAGGGAAAUGCAAAUGAGUUUUCUUAUGCGAUGAUGCUGUGUAUGUACAAGAGAAACGGAAUGUUUAAGGAAGCCAUUCAAAUUGCCCGGAAAAUGAGAGAACUCGGACUUCUGACUGACUUGUUGAGUUGCAACAAUGUGCUUGGAUUGUAUGCAACUGAUGGGAGGUUUAAAGAAGCUUUGGCGACUUACAACGAUAUGCUUUCUUCUGCCAUCCAACCUGAUGAUUCAACAUUCAAGUCACUUGGAAUUAUUCUUCUUAAAUGUGGUGUUCCAAAGGAGGCUGUUGGAAAGCUGGAAUUUAUUAGGAAAAAGGAUCCUCAGAGUGGCAUGCAAAAGUGGAGUUCAACGUUAUCUUCUGUUAUCGGUGUGCUUGAUACUGACAGUCCUGAUAGAGAAGAUGCCUAGCUCUUCCUAUAGAUACUAGUAUACCAUGUAACUUCAAUUUUCAAUGCUUAUUUAAUAGUUGCAUUGAAAAGAUGGAUUGCUACUUCUGUCUUGUCCAUUUUGAAACUCAACUUAGAAACAGAUUACAGUUCGACUUACACUGAAAUUGUGAAUCAGUGACCUGAGGUUGCUUCUCUUGGAGAGGGACUAUCAUUUGAAGCCCAUUUAUUAAGCAGGAAGCAAGAAGCAGUUCGCGAGAGAGAGUUAGCUUGAAGAACUGUGAAUACAAGUGGUAAAGACAAAUAUUGUUAUUAACUAUGUCACUGAUGCGUCAAAGACUGUUGCUUGUCAAACUUAUUAAUACUAAUGGUAUGCAUCAAAAACUUAACAAACACUAUCUGAUGUUAUGUUAGUGGUUCAAUUCUUGACACUAAUUUGAACCUGCUUUGAGAAUAGGGAGCUGCCUUUGAGUGAUGUGAACUUAAUGGAAGCUUACAGGACUUUAGUUGAGAAUUGUUAGUUGCUGAAGUCUGUUAGUAGUAUAAUGUCUUUGAAAUAGCACCUUGUUGAUUAAGCUGCUGGAUCCAACAACUAGCUCAACAGCUGCUAGUAUUUGUUGUGUGGUGAAAUGGAGAUCUAUGCUUUUCUGCACUGUACAAGAUUUUAUACUCGGUAUAAUCCCGAGAACUUGUUUAUUAUGUUUUCAGCAAAUUAGGCUUGGUUGAAACUUUAGUUGACGAAAACUUACCACUAUUAUAUUAUAUUUAUGUAUGUCAGAUAUUUGGUUCUUGGUUUUUCAUUGAAUCUACCUUAUUGGGA